CUUUGCUUAUCAUUUUUAACUGGACCACUCCACUGGGAGCUUCUGUCAACCAUUAAGACUAUAUUUACGCCAUUUAUUGGAUAUUUAUAUGUGUGUGAGUUUUGACGUGUAAGCGAAAACGAGAUUUUUACUUUUGCAAAGGUGACACUGACAUUUCCCCCAACAAGCUAGGAGUGUUGUGUAAAAUUACUUAAAACGUUUGUGUUGUUGUUACAGCCCAGUGCACAACAUGGCGGCGGGCUAAAUGGGUGUUUUGGGUGAAGACAAACAUUCGCUGUGUUAUGCGUGCAUGUUUGUAAAAUGUGAGAUUUCAUAUUAGGGAUUUACAUCCCCACGGAUUCGUACCUGGAUUUUGUAUUGGAAUUACCUAUGAUGGAUGUCCCUUUACGUGGAAGAAGGGCUGAAAAGGUAAUCACCCAAUCAGAAGCCAGUGUUAGUCGCGCCAGUCCAAGUAACCAGGCAGUGUUUCUGCAGAAGGUGCGAGAGAGCAAUGAGGCUGUUAAUAACGGUGACUUCCGGCGUGCGGUGCAGCUGUACUCGGAGGCCAUAGAGCUCGACCCCUCCAACCACAUCCUGUACACUAACCGGUCAGCAGCCUAUCUCAAACUCGGACAGUGUCAAAAAAGCGUUGAUGAUGCCAGAAGAGCCAAGGAACUCAAUCCAAAAUGGGUGAAGGCCUAUCUGCGGGAAGGUGUUGCGCUCCAACAUUUGGGUCAGCAUGGCGAUGCCCUGGCUGCAUUCGCCAGUGGACUGGCCCAAGACCCGAACAAUGCUCCUCUGCUGUCUGGACUUGUCGACGCAGCUCUCUAUUCCCCACUUAAAGAGAAACUACAGGCCACCUUCAUUCAGUUGGAGAGAUUGCGGCUGAAUCGCAGUCCAUUUGUAAUCAUCUCAGUGAUUGGUCAAGAGUUGCUAGGAGCUGGACACUUCAGUGCCUCAGUGCUUAUGCUAGAGUCUGCCCUGAAGAUUGGAACAUGCAGUCUGAAGCUUCGGGGGUCGGUGUUUUCAGCACUGAGCAGUGCCUACUGGGGCCUGGGAAAUAUCGACAAAGCCAUCCACCAUAUGCAGCAAGACCUCACUGUGGCUAAAUCUCUUGGUGAUCAAGAUGGUGAAUGCCGUGCCUAUGGCAACCUGGGAUCAGCCUACUUCUCCAAGGGUAACUACAAAGAGGCCUUGACCUACAACCGCUACCAGCUGAUACUCUCCAUGAAGUCCAAAGAUCGUGAAACUGCUGCGUCUGCCCUCAGUAGUCUGGGUCAUGUCUACACGGCUAUCGGGGACUACCCCAAUGCUUUGAACAGCCACAAACAGUGUGUCUUGCUGAGGAAGCAGAGUGGAGACAAGCUGGCCGAAGCCCGGGAGAUCGGCAAUGUCGGGGCCGUGUACUUGGCUAUGGGAAACUUCGACAAUGCUGUCGAGUGUCACCAGGAACAUUUGAAGAACGCCAAGAAAGCUAACAACCCGGUAGAGGAGGCUCGAGCUUUCAGCAAUCUAGGAAGUGCUUACCAUUAUAAAAGAGAUUACGAUCGUGCAAUGAUGUUUCACAAGCAGGUGUUAAAGAUCGCGGAGCAGAAGACUGACAAGACUCUGGAAGCAAGGGCGUAUGCUGGGUUAGGGCACGCCGCGCGGUGUGCUGGUGAUAACAUUGGUGCCAAAGUGUUUCACGAGAAGCAGCUGGACAACGCCUUGCAGACUCGUGAUCGCGUGGCGGAGGCCAGAGCGUGUGCCAACUUGGGGAUUAUAUUCCACCAGCUUCAAGAGUACGAAGCAGCGCUGAAACUCCACAAGACUAAUUUACGUAUUGCCACUUUUCUAGGGGAUAAAGCAAGUCAGGGACGUGCUUACGGGAACAUUGGCAAUGCUCAUAGUGCUCUAGGUCAGUACGAAGAGGCCGUGAAAUACCACAAUAAAGAGCUGGCCAUAGCCUCUGAGGUAAACGAUCAUCAUUCUAAAGGGUCUACUCACGGUAAUGUGGCCGUGGCGUACCAGGCUCUGGGCAUGUACGAGCAUGCCUUACAGAAUUACUUGGCCCACCUGAACAUUGCUCGUGAACUCAAGGAUACAGCGAGUGAAGCACGAGCCUUGUGUAAUCUUGGAAACUUCCACUGUGCUAGAAGAGAGUACUCCAGUGCAAUUUCGUUCUAUGAGCAGAAUUUGAUUCUCUGUCAGGAGCUGCAUGAUGUGGAGGGUGAAAGCAAAGCUUGCUUCAAUUUGGGUUAUGUUCAUUACACAGUGGAAAACUAUGCCGAGGCUGUCCGUUACUAUGAACAGGACUUGUCUUUGGCUCGAGAACGCAAGGACAGACUGGCUCUAGCCAGGGCUUAUUGCAACCUCGGUUUGGCCCACAAGUCUCUCAAGAACUUCAGUGAUUCACUGGAAUGUCAGAAAAAGUGCCUUGGUUUAAUGGAUGCUUUAAAAAAUACUCCAGGAAAGUUCCGAGCUCUUGGUAACAUUGGCGACAUAAUGCUGAAGACUGGGACUCCAGAUGAAGCUAUAGCGAUCUACACACAACAGCUUCAGCUGGCCAAGCAGUGCAAGGAUCAGGACUUGAUAGCAACGGCUUAUGGGGCUCUGGGCAUAGCACAUCGGAUCAUAGAGCAGUAUGACAAGGCACUGGGUUACCACACUCAGGAGUUGAACAUCAGACAAGAAACAAAUGAUCUGAAAGGUGAAUGCCGAGCCCAUGGCAACAUAGGAAAUGUUCACAUGUCUCUGGCUAAUUACAUGAAUGCUUACAAGUGCUAUGAGGAGCAGCUGGAAAGAAGCCGUGAGCUCCAUGACAGUGGAUUAGAGGCUCAAGCCUGUGGUAAUCUUGGCAUCACUAAAAUGAACAUGGGACAGCAUGAGGAGGCCAUAGGCCUGUUCGAGCAGCAGCUGGCCAUGCUGGAGCAACUGUAUGGAAGUGCUACCAUGAAAGACAAAGGGAAAGCAUUCGGUAACCUUGGUGAUUGUUACGAAGCUUUGGGUGACUACGAGGAAGCUGUGAAAUGCCACGAACAAUUUCUGACCCUGGCACAACAGUCUGGGAAUCUUUCUGAACAGGACCGGGCAUACCGUGGUCUUGGUAAUGCACACCGAGCAAUUGGAAACCUCCAACAGGCUCUGGUGUGCUUUGAAAAGAGGCUGGUUGUUGCUCAUGAGCUGAACUCUUCUGCUGCCAAAGCAUCAGCUUACGGUGAACUCGGCUGUUUGCAUAGUCUCCUUGGUAACUUUGAGCAAGCAAUCUCAUGCCUGGAGCAUCAGCUGUCUAUCGCCCAGGAGAUGGAGGAUCAGCAGUGUGAGGGUGAUGCUGCCUGUGGACUGGGAGGAGUGUACCAACAGAUGGGAGAGUAUGAGAUGGCUCUCAAAUACCAUCAGAUGGAUCUGCAGAUUGCAGAAGCAACAGAAAGCACAGCUUGCCAGUGUCGUGCCUACGGUAACCUUGGCCUGUCUCACGAGUCGCUGGGCAACUACGAAGAUGCGGUGAAAUACCAGGAGCAGCACCUCAGCAUUGCCGCCCAGAUGAACGACCGUGUUGCCAAGACCCUGGCGUACAGCAGUCUCGGCCGUGUUCACCAUGCUCUGGGUCACCACACACAGGCGGUUCAGUACUUGCAGCAAGGUUUACAGAUUGCCGAACAGCUAGGUCGGCGGGAGGACGAGGCAAAGAUCCGCCACAGACUGGGUCUGUCCCUGUGGGGUGCGGGGAACCUGUCCGAGUGUCAGCACCAGCUGUACAAGGCGGCCGACCUGUUUGAGAUGAUCCGACGGGAGACACAGUGCAGCAACGACUACAAGUUGUCUCUCUUUGAUCUCCAGACCGCAUGCUACCAAGCUCUUCAGAGAGUUCUUGUGGCCCUGAACCAACAAGAGGAGGCCCUAGUUGUGGCAGAAAGAGCGUGCACCCGUGCGUUUAUCGACCUCCUGCUGGAACGCCAGGCGGGCUCGGCGGGGCUCUUUAACGGCACCACAAUGGACCUGUCCCCCAUCACGAUAGAACAGAUCACCAACACCGUGAAGCAGAGGAAUGCGUUUGUGCUGUCUUUCUCCAUUGCAGCAGGCUUUCUCUACAGCUGGCUGCUUAGUCCUCAAGAUGGUGUUAUCAAGUUCCAUGCGAUCAGCCUGUCUGAACUGGAGAGUGACCACGAACACAGUGACACUGUCAGCAUGCUGAGUUUCUCAAACACAUCAAUUCUUGACCACUGUAUUGGUCAGGUCCGAGAAACCAUUGGGGUGGAGAGUCAUGUGACAGGAAAUAGUGCAAGCAUUAACAGAUCUCACCAGAGAGCACGACUGAAUGGAAACCUGAGCGAGUCUGACGGAGAGAGCGACGACGUCUUCCAGCUACAGCUAGAGGAACUCGGAGACCGGCUCAAUGCUGAGAAUGACCGCACGGGCUUCCUGCGCAUGGUCAACCGUGGCCAUGCCUUCAACAGCUCCACCUACAGCUUGAACAGCCUCUUCAGUCUCGGAGGCAGCAGUCUCGGUGGUCCAGGGGGUUCCGUCAGGAGGGGUAACGUCAAAGGAGGCACCACCACCUCCUCCUCCUCUGGAGGAAAGUCUCCGCUCACUGUGUUGUACCAAUAUUUGAUUGGACCGAUGGAAGAGACACUGCGGACCAUGACCGACAAUCAGGAGAAUGUCGACAGCCCUGGCCCGGUCGAUCUUGUUCUGGUUCUCCAGGGAGAUCUGUUCCUCAUCCCGUUCAUGAUGCUGAAGGAGAAGCAGGACCAGGAGUAUCUGUUUGAGCGGUUCAACCUGAUCAUCGUUCCAUCCAUCAACGCCAUUCAGAACUCGCACAAAACCGAUAAGCAUGGCCGGCCUGUGAUAGGCUCAUCAGGAGCUCUUGUGGUGGGCAAUCCAAAACUGACUCCUUCGAUCUGCCAGCACUGGCAUCUCGGUGAGAUUAGCGGUGCCGAAUUCGAGGCCGGUAUCGUGGGUGAGAUUCUGUCAUGCAGACCGCUGAUUGGAGCCGAGGCAACCAAAGGAUCCGUCCUACAUCAGAUAGAGCAGGUGGAAGUGAUUCACUUUGCUGCCCACAUCUCCUGGAAGCUGUCCUCCAUUGUCCUGUCUCCCAGUGAAUCGGUGACAUCAUCAGGACAUUUCUCCACCAUUGAUUCGGACGAUGCUGGUAGUGACAUCAGCUCGUUCGAUGGACCUGCACUGUCGGAAUACCUCCUCACUGCAGCCGAUAUCCUGAACCUGAAACUCAAUGCCAAACUAGUCGUUCUCAACUCAGCCUACACAGACGACAGAGCUGGCCGUGUGAACACCGACGGAGUUAUUGGCCUUACCAGAUCUCUCCUGUCAGCAGGGGCACAAUGUGUCUUGUUCUCACUGUGGCCCGUGCCAGACCAGGCAACUAAAAUGUUGAUGCGUUCAAUGUACCUGUCAUUGGAGGAAGGCCAACGUGUGACUCAGGCUCUGUCCAAGGCUAUUAAGACUGUCCAGUGCACGCACCAAUUCUCCCACCCAUCUAACUGGGGUGGGUGGGUUCUGGUGGGCAGUGAUAUCAAGCUCAGCAGCAAACUGGCACAGAUGGGACACGCUAUUUGUGAGAUCCUCCAGUCUCCAACACAGUGCAGGGAGGCGAUGAGAGUUCUCUUGCACCUGAUUGAGAAGUCCCUGCAGAGGAUCCACCAGGGCACGAAGAACUCGAUGUACACAACGUACCAGAGUAUAGAGAACAAGGUGGGGGGUGUUUCUGGUUGGAAGGAUCUGCUGCAGGCUGUCGGGUUCCGCUUCGAGCCAUCUGCUAACGGGCUACCUCCAGCCGUGUUCUUCCCCAUGACCGACCCGGCCGACAGACUCACCCAAGCCAGCAACAGCCUGCAAGCACUGCUAGGUCUUCCUCCUAUUUCUGUGACAGCAUUGAGCAAGUUCAUCACAAAUUUCGAUGUUGGAGAAGCACUUAUUGUUGUGAUGCGUGUGAUUUUGAGUAAGCUGUCGGCCAAGGAGACUGGUAUUGAUGUUCUCGUCAACGUUCAGCUCUGGAGAGCUCCCGGCUGUCACGAGUUUCUCGCUUCUCUUGGUCUGGACCUGGUUGAUGUUGGUCAAGACAAUGUGACUCUACGACUCAGUAAACAAGCUGUGCGUCGUCAUUUGCAGUUUGCGCUUCUCGCCUUAGCAGCUGUUUUUGAUGCGAUGGAGGCUCCACGCAGUCACUCCCUGAACACAUCCAGUAGCAUGGAGAGUCUGUCAUCGUCGUCACAGAGCAGCUCCAUGUCAACGUCAACUUUCUCGUCGCCGCCACCGCAGUCGCCACGUGGGAAGAAGUCACUCUUCAACCCAGCUGAGAUGGAGAAAAUGAAACACACCAGAAGCCAUUUAAUGAACAAGGGUGGUCUUGUGGGCAGACAGUCCCACAGCUCUCCGUCAUCCCGUUCACAGCAGCUCGACCCAUCACUUCAACUCUCCCUACAGAGUGCUAUCCGCAACAUGUACCCUCUGAGUGGCGAGCCCAGACUGUUCCAAUUUGACAGCCUCAACACAACCGACGACAUGAGCGACACCCCGUCCAGCAGUCCCUGCUUCACUGACACUCCGGACACGCCCAGUCCAGUCUCACACAACAGACUGGGCACUGGGCUCUUCAGAAAUGACAGAGAGAACCGCUAUCACAAUGGGAAAACUGUCUCUCUUGGGACAUAUGUGUCAAAUUCUAAAACAGGUGCAGAGAAAUCGGAGAGGAAGGACGACGAUGAUCAUGAUGAUGUAUCAGAUGUAAGAAUAAGAAAAGUGUUUGAACAGACCAGUCACAAUCAUUUGUCUGAUCAGAGAAAUGGUCAGAUGAAUUCACCACACGACAGUGAUCAAAUAGAUGGGGGUUCAUCUAACUGUAGAAAGUUAACAGAAUCAGAAUCUCUAGAAAACCAAAGCACAUUGUCAAAUACCAGUGAAAACAAAACCUCCAUAUCCAAAACAAGUGAAAUCAGAAAACAGUUUGAAAACAUGACCAGGUUUUCUGGACAGUGUGUGUCUGUUAAAAGAGUAUCUUCUAUAAAGGAAGACAACAGCAGACAAUGCAUUGGGAAUACAGUUUCAGAUGAUUGUGAACAAACGGCAUUCAACAAAAAUUGGCAGCUAAGAAAGAAAUUAAUGAGUCAAAGUGAUCAUGAGGAAACAGUAAAUGGACCUCAACAGACAAAUCAGCAUUCAUCAGAAGAGCAAGGAUUUGAUCAGGAGUCUGCCAAAAAUAGUCCUCGAUGGACAGACAAAGAUGUUUCUGGUAGGAGAAAGUUGAGCAACCAAAGUGAUCAUGAUUCCUGCUUGAAUGGCUCUCAGUGGUCAGAGCAUACCGAGGGUCAUGGGCCAUCUAUAUUGAGCCCAGAGGAGCUUGCCAAAAAGGUGAUGGCUGAUGUACCAAAUGUGCGGGAAGUUGUGGAACAAAUGCAGCACAUGAGUUUUGUUCAGUCGCAGCAGAGCAGCAUGCAGAUAAGACGGGCAGGAGGUGUGGCGAGGUCAGAUUCACAGCACGAGUCUCUCAAGCAGUGUGCAUCACACAGUGAAGUGACUCUACCCAACACACUGUACAGUUCCAGAAACCAGCUAAUGACCUCCUCAUCCCCAGGUCACUUGUCAGACAGUGCAGGUUCUUACGGUGAAAGCACUAAUGUGGACUAUAGUUCUGGUGGUCAGAGUCAUCGCAGAGUGACACCACCUUCCAGAAGUAAUUCAGUGUCUCACAGUGAAACGGCUCACACAGACUUUAGUUCUGGUGGUCAGAACCAUCGCAGAAUCACUCCACCAUCAAGAAGUAGUUCCAUUACCCACAGUGAAACAGGAUACACAGACUUUAAUUCUAAUGGUGAAAGCCAUCGCAAAAUCACUCCACCAUCAAGAAGUAGUUCUACUGCUCAUAGUGAAACAGGAUACACAGACUUUAAUUCUAAUGGUGAAAGUCAUCGCAAAAUCACUCCACCCUCAAGAAGUAGUUCUGCUUCCCUUAGUGAAUCAUCUUAUCCAGACUUUGGUGCUGGUGGUCAGUAUCGCCGUAAAGUAAUGCCACCAUCAAAAGGAGGUUCCGUUUCUAAAGGAGAAAUGUCCCAUCUAGAUCCCAAUUCCAGUGCUGAAAUUCAUCGCAAAGUCACACCACCAUCAAACAAAAUGUUUCCAAAUGUAGGGCCUGUGAAAAAUGAAAUGAUUGUAAAUAGUGUUACCCAGUCACCUGUACAUGGACCUAACAAAAGUGAUCUUGUAAAUAAUGUAACCCAUUCCAGCAAUGGACAGAGCUGUGAGAACAGUAUAUCCUCGGACAACAGUGAGGGAGCAGAUUCAAACCUUCAGUCUUCGGUCUCUAGUGGAUACCACUCUGAGAGAAACUGCCAUAACGACAUCGUCACCAACUCAUCCAAACCGGACCGAAAUGUGUACACUCAGGACUUUGUCAAUCGGACUCCCGCCAACGCAUACAGUUCUUCGGCACUGUCUUUCUCUUCAUUCAGGCCGUACCAGCCUGCUGCUCCUCUCGUGAAAACGAACGCUCUGUCUCGCCCCGACAGCACAACCAGCACCAGCAGUCAGUAUUCCACAUCGUCAUCCAGUCGGUCGGUCAUCUACAGACCCAUCCAGGAGGAACCCGGGUCUGGCAUCACCACAAACCACAUCCCAUGUUGGAAUAUGAAACAGUCGGGGUCAAACUCUGGGUCAGAUCCAGGCAGGCUCAGACCUUCCAAACAUGUAGUAGCAUUGAAAAAGAACAAGAAGAAAGUUAGCUUCUCGGACUCCGAUGCGGGAGACUCUUCUAAUACGAGUUUCGAUACAAACAGCCGCGAAGCAUCGCCUCAGAAUUAUAGUUUCGAUAGUGCAAUAAAUUCCGUUCCAGGUAAUGACAGUUCGUUAGAGUACCACAGUCUGGGCAGGUCAUAUGACCACAAACAUUCCACCUUUCAGCAAAACCAUUCGGAUCAGAAUUCUCAUUCUGCUAAACAGUCUUCAGAACAUUCGACUGGACUCUUUCACAGGGGAGAUAAGUCCCCUAAAGACGGUUCUGCCGUGACCUCUUUUCCAAUGAAACAGUUUUACUUCGACAAAGACAAAAAGAAUGCAGGGAAAAGUCAUGUGUUGCAAUCCUCAAAGUGUUAACUUUAUCGCCCCAAUGUGUUAUAUAUAUAUAUAUAUUUAGCAAUCUGAUUAAAAUUAGCUCUACUGGGUCUAGCCAGUAGAUCUAACAGCAUUGCGUGGACUCCCAUGUCCAGGUGACAUUUCAUCUAUAAAUAACA